AUGGUAUGUGAGAGAAUUGAAGAAAUCAAAGCUCCUGCACAAAAAAGGAUUGAAAUGCCUUCUUAUGAAGAUUUAACUGCAUUUUCUAACUUUGAUCCAGCAUCAUCACCUUUUGAUUGCAUCGAAGAACCAAUUGGUAAUGAUUUAUCACUUGAAGCUUUUAAUGUUGUUGAUUUCUAA